AUGCCACAAAGACUAUGCCACGACGGCGCGUUCUUCGCGGCCUGCCACCACCAAGGCUGUUACUUCAUUCUCGCCGACGAAGCUGAGUUGAGUCGGCACUACAGAGAGCAACACGGGGAAAAGCGACCAAGGCCAGCGCAUCUGGUUCCUGAUAGUCUGGUGUGGCAGUGGGUCUUACAGGGACACAUCACAAAAGAGUACUACAACCGCAAGAUGGAUUCCCGGCAGAACCUACGAAACGACAUCAAGAAGCUGCGCGACGGUACCAACACGGCAACAAGAAAGCAAUACAACCUUUUACCAAGAAGCAAUCCAAACCUUCCAGACUUCGCCAAGCGAAUGCUGAAGCGUACCAAAGCCAUCCAAAAGCGAAGAGAGGAGCGGAAGCGAAGGGAGGAGGACGCGGAGAAUGAAGACCAGGGGCCGUCUCUCGACGACUAG